CUAAAUAAACCAAAAAUCACAGUAGUGGCACCCCUACUUUUAUCACGGGCGUUUUGCCACAAUCUGUGUAGGGCGCAUAAAAGCAGCGCGGCGGGCGGCGCGCGCGCCAUUCGCUCACAAACCGUCGCGCGCGCACCAAUGAUCCUACCCGCCCGAACUAUGUCGCCGUCGCACGGCGCCUUCCACCCGCCCGCGCACGCGCAACCUGACGAGGAACCUGUCUCCCGGACCUACCAAUACAGAAAAGUUAUGAAACCAAUGCUAGAAAGAAAAAGGAGAGCGCGCAUCAAUCGCUGCCUAGACGAACUCAAAGACCUGAUGGUUACCGCUCUACAAGCUGAAGGAGAAAAUGUGUCCAAGUUGGAAAAAGCUGACAUCCUGGAACUCACAGUGCGACAUCUGCACAGCCUCAAGAGGAGAGGCCAGUUGGUGCUGAAACCUGAAAUGUCUUAUGCGGAACGUUUUCGUGCUGGAUUUACACAGUGUGCUACAGAAGUGUCUCAGUUUAUUGCAAAUGCUACGUUAGCUGCUAAUGCUAUGCAGCGACAAGGCCCAGUGGACCCUCAGGCCGGAGCGCGCUUAUUGCAGCACCUCAGCAACUGCAUACGGAGGUUGGAGAAUCCUCAAGUGGUGCAGCCUCAGCCGAUAGCGCCGAAUGGUGUGGCGAGGCCGACGCCCUUGCAGCCCAUUGCUCCGGCACCGCACCCGCAGCAGGCGCUGCAGAGGACCUCGCUGCCGGAGCGAGGAGUCAAGAGGCUCGCGGAGCCGCUGGACUCGGAAGCGGCGCUCGCAAAGCGUGCGUACGCGCCGCCCUCACCGCCGCACAGCCCCGCCUCCGAGCCCGACUCCGCCCAGUCGAUGUGGCGGCCCUGGUGACGCUCUCUGCUGCCAGGCCCUCACUCCUGCCUGCCCGGGACUGCUCGGGACUCGGGACCCUGUGACGACGUGUGAUAUCAUUUAUGUUGUUGUUUGUUUAUAUUAACGUUCCUAGAACUGAUGUGUGUUAACGAUAUGGGUUGUUCUCGCUUUGCUUGUUGAAGUUUUACUUUUUAUUAAUUUAAUAAAUUAAGGUUUUUUUGUUCAGUAAUAAUCUGUUAUUUUUAUAUUCCUAACUUCAACGUCUUCCGCGUCGGUUAAAGCAUUUAAUUGUACGUUAAAGUACCACGUAGUGUAGUUAGCACCUAAGUAUUCUGUGAUACGACUUUGAUAGAGUUAUAGAGCUGCUAGUUUAGUAGAUUCCUAGAGGAUGUUUACUGUAGGAUUAUUGAGAUGACAAAAAGAUAAUAAACAAUGUUUGCAUCAA